AUGGACAGGCAGCAACAGCUUUCGACCCCAAAGGUCGAUCAGGACCCCUAUAACUUGACACCCUCACAAGCCCAGACCACCUACUACGCAGAUUCAAUGGCGGAUGGACAAUCAUCAAAAGUUGACGAGGAUGCGCAGACUAGACGGUCGACAUACACGUACAGGAGUGAAGCUGACAUCUCCAAAUUCAUCAGACAGGUUCACGGAAGGACGAUCAAUGCCUUGAGUGAUCAGUACUUACUUCCCACCGAUGACGAAGAGUGGAACCGACUGAACAAACAACAUACCUCUGUGAUCCUGGGAUUCUCAGGACGACUUUAUCCGGUCCCUGAGACUGUCAAUGCCAUCUUACGCCCGGAUGGCCAUGGACCAAAGAGAAUUCUCGAUCUCGGCACGGGCACCGGAGUCUGGGCCGUCGAGAUGGCCCAUGAGUUUCCUCAUGCAGAAGUUGUGGGCGUCGACCUAGCCCCUUGUCCUCUGCAGCCAGACGAAGUACCCAGCAACUGUCGGUUCGAGGUCGACGACAUCAACCUUGGGCUCCAGCACUUUGAGAACCAAUUCGACGUCAUUCACAUUCGGUUCGUUGCAGCAGGCAUCAAGGACUUUCGCAAGACAAUGGAGGACGUGCACAACUGCCUGAAGCCAGGUGGCAUUGUAUUAUGGGUGGAAAUCGACUAUGACCUGUACUCGUAUACGCACGGAGAUUUUCGACACCUCACCAUGGCAUCUGAGCUGAACCCAGAUGGUGCUUGGCUCCCGCGUCCAGCUUACGAAAUGGUGCGCUCUGUAAUCAUCGGUGGUUCACAAAUCGAUGUUAUGGCGCAACUUCUUGACACGGAAGGCCUAUGGAACCAGACCACUCUUCUCGACCCAGAUACCUGCAAGGCAGCUAGCAUGUACUUGCCACUCGGCCCCUGGGCGACAAGCAAGAAUCCUAUCGAGGCGCAGUAUCUUCAUUACGUUGGUUCUCUAAUGCGACAAGACAUUAAGAGUGGCCAUCGCGCCGUGCAUCCCCUACUCAUUCGGACUGGUUGGACCCAGGAGGUUGUCAACAAAUGGUCUGCAGAGGCUGACAAAGGUAUAGGCCACUUCCAACAUUAUUUGACGCUCUUUGAUCACUUUUUACAACUAGAACUUGAUUCUAUGAAGGACAAGGCGUUGUUAAGGAUCAGGAUAGCUUGGGGUCGGCGGAGAGCCGAGCCAGAUUGUCCUGCUCCACCACUGCCCGAAGCUGAGCUGUCGACAGAGGGGUCCCUGGCAAAAUAUCCCUUCUACUACGUCUAUGAUACCCAAGAGCAGACAUUAAACGAGACCAAGGAACGCAACCGCGACAAACCAACGACCGAGCCAUUUCAUCCGAAAAGAGCAAAACCCGCUGCUUGA